AUGGAAAAGUCGAAGAACUUCUGCAUCGACGCGCUGCUGGCGGACGAGGGCUCGCGGAGGGAGCUGUCCCCGGGUUUGAGCAGUGAGAGUCCGGCCGGAAGUCCAGGGUCAACCCCGUCCCCACGCGCGCAGCUGCACUCGGGGCUCAUGUCCAAAUCACUGCUGAACUUAUCUCACGCUGGGAUGUCCGCUGUCCCGGGCCUGUACCCUGCACCCAUCUACCCUCUGCAGCACCCUGCUUUCUACAGCGGCUUCUCACAGCUGCAGUACCCGGUCCCCGAGCACCUAAAGGCGGCUGCACUCGCUGGCUCCAUGCCGCUGGAGCACUGGAUCCGCGCGGGGAUCAUGAUGCCCCGAAUCCCGGACUACGGCUCAGGCCCUCAGUCUGGUCUUCUGGGGAAGUGCAGGAGACCAAGAACAGCCUUCACCAGUCAACAGCUCCUGGAGCUGGAGAACCAGUUCAAACUCAACAAGUACUUAUCCCGACCCAAGCGCUUUGAGGUGGCCACUUCUCUCAUGCUCACUGAGACACAGGUGAAGAUCUGGUUUCAGAACCGGAGGAUGAAGUGGAAGCGCAGUCGUAAAGCGAAGGAGCAGACAAAUGCCCCGGGACAGUCUGAGACAGAGAGGGGGCGUGGGACAAACAAAACCUCCACAGACAAAACAGAGUCCACGAGGCGCCCCCCUGACCCUGACGACGAAAGCCUGGUCCUGGACUUAGAGGAGGAUGACAACGAAGAGGAAGAGGAGGAUUACGCUGUUACCAUGGUAAACGGGAUGCCCAGGUCCACGGCCUUCCUCCAGCAUAGCUACAGCCCCCACAGCACGUUUUCAGAGGACGAGAUGGACGAGCUGCAGGUGGGGGACGCGGACCGCAAGACUGGAGCAGCCCCAACCAGUGCGUCUCUCCAUCUGCCAAAGUGCUACGUUCCUCUGCGGUUCAGGUGCAUCUCUUCCCCCACUGCGGCAGGCAACAUGACCUCUGAACUUGCUCUCCUCAGUGUGUCGGAUAAAGCUGGGCUGGUGGAGUUCGCCCAGAGGCUGGUAGAUGUGGGACUCUCGCUGGUGGCUUCAGGAGGCACCGCUAAAGCCCUGAGGGAGGCAGGGCUGGCAGUCAGGGAUGUGUCUGAUCUCACUGGACACCCGGAGAUGCUGGGAGGGAGAGUGAAGACCCUCCACCCUGCUGUGCAUGGGGGCAUUCUGGCCAGAAAAAGCCCCACCGACAUGGCAGACAUGGAGAAACUGGGAUAUAGUCUGGUCAGGGUGGUGGUGUGCAACCUGUACCCCUUUGUAAAGACCGUGUCCAAAGCAGACGUCACAGUGGAGGAUGCUGUUGAGCAAAUUGACAUCGGGGGCGUCACUUUGCUGAGAGCCGCUGCCAAAAACCACGCCCGAGUCACCAUUGUGUGUGACCCUGAUGAUUACGCUGUUGUGGCCAAAGAGAUGGAGACUUCUGCCGACAAAGACACAAAACUGGACACACGCAAGACACUGGCACUAAAAGCAUUCACCCACACGGCGCAGUACGACGAUGCCAUUUCAGAUUACUUCCGUGGUCAAUACAGUCGUGGGGUUUCGCAGCUGCCUCUGCGCUACGGCAUGAACCCUCACCAGGCCCCGGCUCAGCUCUUCACUCUGAGGCCGCAACUGCCCCUCAAAGUCAUCAAUGGUUCACCAGGUUUUAUCAAUCUGUGCGAUGCUUUGAACGCCUGGCAGCUGGUGAAGGAGCUGAAGGAGGCUCUUGGUCUCGCGGCUGCUACGUCCUUCAAACAUGUCAGUCCUGCAGGAGCUGCCGUUGGCGUUCCGUUGUCUGAAGAGGAGGCUAAAGUGUGUAUGGUGCACGAUAUGCUGCAGGAUUUAAGCCCCCUGGCAACUGCCUAUGCCCGAGCCCGAGGAUCAGACCGGAUGUCCUCUUUUGGAGACUUCAUAGCACUUUCAGACAUUUGUGACGUUCCCACUGCAAAAAUCAUUUCUAAAGAAGUUUCUGAUGGCAUCAUUGCCCCUGGAUAUGAAGAGGCCGCUCUCAAGAUCUUGUCCAAAAAGAAAAAUGGCAACUACUGCGUGCUUCAGAUAGACCCUGAUUAUGAGCCAGAGGAGAUGGAGGUGCGGGUGCUGUUUGGACUGUACCUCAAACAGAAGAGAAAUGGGGGCCUUAUUGAUAAAGCUUUCUUCAGCAACAUAGUCUCCAAAGGCUCGCUUUCUGAUGCUGCUGUGAGAGACCUUACUGUGGCCACUAUUGCUGUGAAGUACACUCAGUCAAAUUCUGUGUGCUAUGCUAAAGAUGGACAGGUGAUUGGGAUCGGGGCCGGACAGCAGUCUCGUAUCCACUGCACUCGUUUGGCUGGAGAUAAAGCUGAUAACUGGUGGCUGAGGCAUCACCCCAGUGUCCUCGGCAUGAAGUUCAGAGCCGGUGUGAAGAGGGCCGAAAUGGCAAAUGCUAUUGAUCAAUACGUCAGCAACACCAUUGGCGAGGGCCCCGACCUGGAUGUGUGGAAGUCCAUGUACGACGAAGUGCCGGAGCUUCUCUCUGAGACAGAGAGGAAGAACUGGGUCAGCUCCCUGAAGGCGGUGGCUGUGAGCUCCGAUGCCUUCUUCCCCUUCAGAGACAACAUCGACCGAGCCAAACGGAGUGGAGUAGAGUUCAUUGCUGCUCCUGCGGGCUCCGCAGCUGAUGAGGUCGUCAUCAAUGCCUGUAACGAACAGGGCAUCACACUGGUGCACACAAACCUGCGCCUCUUCCACCACUGA